GCGGGGGCGGAGCCGGAGCGCCAGAGCAGAGGGCUCAGCGAGGCGGGAGAGAGAGGCGAGAGAAGCGGCCAGCGGCGACGCCACCCCACCGAGGACGACGCCAUGGCCGAGACGAAGGACACACAUGAGGAGCAUGAGUCAACAACUGACAGCGUUGAUGAUUCUAACCAUGAUCCCCAGUUUGAGCCCAUUGUCUCACUUCCUGAACAAGAGAUCAAAACCCUUGAAGAAGAUGAGGAGGAACUCUUCAAGAUGCGGGCAAAACUCUUCCGAUUUGCAUCAGAAAAUGACCUUCCUGAAUGGAAAGAGCGUGGCACUGGCGAUGUCAAGCUUCUGAAGCACAAGGAGAAGGGGACCAUCCGCCUCUUGAUGAGGAGAGAUAAAACCUUAAAAAUAUGUGCAAAUCAUUACAUUACCCCUCUGAUGGAGCUGAAGCCUAAUGCUGGGAGUGACAGGGCAUGGGUUUGGAAUACACAUGCUGACUUUGCGGAUGAGAGCCCUAAGCCAGAACUUCUGGCAAUCCGAUUUUUAAAUGCAGAAAAUGCACAGAAAUUCAAGGCAAAAUUUGAGGAAUGUAGGAACGAGGUUGAUAAGAAGGGAAAGAAAGCAGGAGCAGAUAAAAAUGAUAGUGCUGAUAAAGUUGCUAAGAAACUAGAAGAACUAUCUGUCAAGGAAGAAAGCAAAGAAUCUGAGAAGAAAGAAGUUGAGGAGAAGACUGAAAAGCAAUAAAUCAGCUUGGGCCUUGUGUUAUUUUUCUUUUUUAAUUUUUACAAGGGACUUUAUAAAGAACUGUAUUCCAGCAUUCAAUUUUUUUCUAAGCUUUUGCCCUUUUUGAAGAGAUCUUCAGAAAAUAUCCAUUCCCCAGUCAUGAAAAUGUACUGUACUAAACUUUCUUUUCCAUAGUGGAAACACUUAUUUAUAGUCAUCUAAGAGAGAGAAUAAAGCUUUGAGAGUUGUAUCGAAGGACAGAAGUGAGUUUUCUAUAUGCUUCAGGUGUGUGACUGCAAUGACUACCUUGGGUUCUAUUUUUGAGUGCAUAUCUUUAGAGAUGUAGUAUAAGCAAAUUAUACUGAUAGGAAAAAGUGCAAGUAAGAUGUUUUCAUAUGUUGUGACUGAAAGCUGUAAUGACUGAAACACGAGAACUCUGCUAAGAUUCCUUUUCCUUCUAACUGGGGUUUGAGUGAACCUGUGUGUUUUUGUGUAGCUGUUGCCCUUUAAGAGCGGAAGGCCAUCAUCAUAGAAUGGCCACCUCUUUGGGGUUCUUAACGGUAACUUGUAGAUAUUGAAGCAAGAUAGAACAAGCAUUUUUUAAUUUGCCAUCGCUGAAAAUACAAAUUGGCAGUGGCAACACUAUAAAACUAUAUUUUAGAAAUCUUCCUCACCCUGCAGAACAAGCAUGUGCUAUGUGGGGAAAUCAGCAGUCUUUCCAAUAGGUGUGGGAUGUCUAAAUUUAUCUUUUUAAAACUUCAGGUUAAACCUAUCCUUUCAACCAAUACUGAGACUUUUCUAGUGUAUGUCCUGGUCUACACUUUGCCAUCUUACAGAUUGCAUUUACCAUUCCUUUCUGGGGAGGAUGAGGCAGAGACAAUUGACCCACCGAAGGCUUAGGUUCUAAAGAGAUGUAGAAAAGGACACUUUUAAAAGCAAACGCCUGGUGGCUCAAAGCAUCAAAACAGCCACCAAGAAAGAAACUUGGUUGGUCAAGCUGAACUUCAAAUAAUUUACUGUCUUAAACACAAGUGAAAUAUGUUAGGUGUCUGAUUAAAUGGCAUUGGUAGUAGAAAUGGUUUUCUUCCCUACUGUCAAUGCCAUCCACGUGGAGCCUUGUUUCCAGGUCAGUCAGUCUAGAUUUUUGCCCAGGUGCCCCAAAGGGCGCUUCUGGCUAGGCAUCUAUCAUGCAUGAGUUACUAUUUACAUUGCAAAAUAAGGCCAUAUGCCUGUCCUUGCGGUUGGAUUGAGGCCCUUCCAAGCCCAUUUUUUAAAAAAUAAAUCUUAUCUCACCUCUUCUUUGUUUGAUCCUUCCAAAACUCUCAUGAUUCUGAGAUAAAGACAGACAGCCAAUGCAGAGCCUAAAGAUUCAAACUUUCUAUGUGUGAAUUUGUAGGUACAUUCUGUUUGUAUGCGCGGUACUAGUUUUGCAUGUAAACCUUUCUUCAAAGGUAUGGCAAAACGUCUGCUUAACAUAAAGAAUGUGGUGCACAUCCUUAUGUCUUUCAAUUGAGUUUUCAAUGUCAAACAAUGCUUCCUGUUUGCAGGGUGUUUAUCUCCUGUUCAUUGACAUCUUCCGCAUACCGUCAACCUCAUAGCAUAGUGUCCUUUUUUACUCUUAGCACUUGAGUCAGUCAAGACAGCUAAAAGUAUCUGGACCUUUCUCUUGGAGUAGGGGAAGCCUACAGAAUAAUACCUCAAACUGGUCCUUGAAAAAACCUCAUGUCGAUUCAUUUGACAGAAAUGUCCUUGGUGGCAAAGCUUACCUGUAUUUGGAUAGUCCAUCUGUGAAAGUUGCCAUAAGUGGAUUCUGAUUUAUCUUGUCAAAGGGAGUCCUUACCCUUCACUUUGAAAUAAUUUUCAACUUAACGUUUUUGUGGGUUUACUUCUUCCUCAGUGUUUGAAACAGCAAGUGGUGUUAGAUUGGUGUUAGAGAAGGUGCGACAAGCCACAUGUUGUAUGUGCCUUUUUUCAGUCCUAAGACACCUCCUCACUCAGUGUUGGUCCCCAAUGUCCAUUGCUUAGGCUGAAGACCUUUCCAUACAUCUGGUCUUAAGACAAAGUGUAUCCUUUCCUACAUCCUCUACCAUGUCCUUGUGGAUGUUUGUGAUGGUUUUUAACACUUCCAAUUUAUGUCAUUUUUAAAUUCUAACAUGCCGGUCAUGAAACAUUGUUAUGUUAAAGAAACGGGUGCUUUCUGGAUGUCAACAUGUACAGCUCUUUGCAAAUAACCAUGCUGGGGCUGGGGAAGAGAUGCUUGUGUGUGUUGAAGUGUGACAUUCUUUGAAUCUGUUGAAUCUCUUUGUGUAAAGUCCAGAAUUUUUAUCCGUUUCAUUCAAACUUCUGACACUGGGCAUUACCUAUUUAUAAUUCGUAUCGUGCUUUCUGUGCAGGAAAGAAGUUUAAAAAACUGAAUCGAAGCCAUACUGAUAGGAUUUGUGUAGGUUUUUUCUUUUAACGUCAUAAAAUGUUUCAGUGACACUGAAAACCAAGUCUUGAGUAUACUAAAUUCAGAUGCUGUAAAUGAAAUACAUGCAGUUUUUUAAAAAUCAAAAUGGAAUUGCAGUCCAGUCUACAGUUUGAAGGUAUGGUUUGCCCUAUUAAAUUGUUAUUACUGAUUA